UCCUCUCCCCUCCCCCUCUCCUCCUCUUCCACAGACGCUUGGAGCGCGACGCCAACAUGGAGCCGGAGGACCUGCCAUGGCCUGAGGAGCUGGAAGAGGAGGAAGAGGAGGAGGAAGAGGAAGGGAAGGAGGAGGCGGAGAAUGCAUCAGCGGCGGCGACCGAGGAGGCCCGGACCUCUGAGGAGACUGGGAGACUGGAAGAGGAAGAGUUGGAAGGGGCGGGUCCGGAGGUGGACUUGGAUUUUAACAGCGAGUCCCAGCUGCAAGAGAGCACAGACGAAGAGGAGGACGAGCUGGCUAAAGCCUGGCUGCAGGCUCACCCUGACCGUCCUGGCCAAGGUUUCUCUCUGACCCCGCCUCCGACUCCGCCUCCGUCCUCCCGGCACCUAUACAGGCCGGUAGAGCACUGGGGCAAGAGGGAGGUUAUUCCACUGACUUACCGUGCAUGGCAGCAGACAUCAUACCAAGAUAAUGCUAGAGCCCAGUUUUCCAACUCCAGUACAUUGUUAUUGGAGCCAGAAUUUCAGUGGGACCCUGAGGAGGUUCAGAGAACAGAGUCUUGGCAUCAUCUUCCUCAAGAAAGGGAUUCUUUCCAAACCUUGAAUAUAUCCCAGACUGGGAUCGACAGAGUAGAAGGAGCAGAAGUAAAAGACUUGCCCUCGCAGGAGGGAGGUGAAUCGGUUCAGGCACAGUGUCCAGUAAAGGAACCAAAGCUGGAUCUCUUGUGUUCUCCAUUGCUAGUGAUACAGGAUGACUUUGCUGCUCCUGAUUUGCCCUUGCUGACAUGUAUGACCCAAGACCAGGAGUUUGAACCUGAUUCCUUGUUUCAACAAAGUGAACUGGAAUUUGCACCUUUGAGAGGGAUUCCUGAAGAUAUUGAAUGGUUUGCUCGACCGUCAGAAGUUAGUGAAGCUUUAAUCCAGGCCACCUCAGAAUCAUCUUCAGACUUAGUUAACAGUUGCUUUAGUAUAUCUCAGCAUCCACUCACAGAGGGCCUGCAGGGGAAGGCUAAAUCUGAUGUCCUUACUCUGUUUGGUGAUGCUAAAUACGCCAGCAUAUAUGAAAAUGCUGGUGCACACAGUGAAAGAAUUGCCGAAUUGCAAAGAGAGGUAGACUGUUCUAAUCUGAGCAUUACCCAGGCUUUUCCAUCUUCCUUGCCUUCAUUUGUUCCUCAAGAACCGACCAUUGAGUCAGAAUAUCAUUCCUCCAAUCUCAGAAUGUUGAGAGUAUCUCCUGAUACUCUGCUGACAACUCUUACACAGACAACAGGAUCUGUUGACCAGAAGAUUGGAGCAGAUGUAAUCUCUUCUACUUACUCACAUGGAGUACAGCCUGGCAGCUUUCCCCAAGAAGAGUUGCCAGAUAGGCAUCCAACCGAAGAGAUUCGGAAAGUGUCACCUGCUCCUAGGCCAGCUGGCCAGAAGCCUGAGAUGCCAACAGUACCAUCUAGUUCUUACUCUAAGGGAAUAAAAUCUGUUGUCUAUCGAUAUCCGAUGUCAUACAGUCCUCAAGGCAAAGAGCCUCCAAAUGUUUCAUCUGUUUCUGGAUCAGCUGAGAAUGCCCUGCCCCUAACAGUAACCUCUGUUUCCCAGCCACAGAGAGAGACAGCUAAAGCUUUCUACCAGCAAACAUUAUCAGACAGUCUUCUAACUGCAGAAACAUUGCCAGUUUCUGUUAUUCCUGAAUCAGGUGACCAGAAGACUCAUUUGCCAUCAGGGUUCUUUCUCUCAUAUUCUCACAGAGGAGAGGACCUGCCUGAAGAUGUAGUGAAAGUUUCCACUGAUUCUGGAUCUGUUGACAAGAAGGCUGACAUUCCAACAGUGUCCUCUAGUACCUACCAGCACAAAACAAAACCUGGUAUUAUUUACUACCAAGAGUUGGCAGACAGCCAUGUACCUAUAGGGACUAGAAAGGUUGUAUCUCAGUCAGGAGAAGCUGGCCAGAAGACUGAUCUAUCAGCAGUGCCCUCUACUUCCUCUUCACAGCCCGAGAAGCCUGUUCCCCCCUCCCUGCUAACUUUACUAGAUAGUCAUCUACCUGAAGAUGUUUUCAAAGCUUCUUAUAUUUGUAAGUCAUCUGAAGAGCCAUCUGGAAUAACAGCUCUGACCUCUGUUUCCUACUCAUAUAAAGGGAGACCCAAUAUUUCUCAUCAAGAGAAGUUUCCAGACAGUUACCUAAUUGAAGAGGCCCAGAAAAUCUUGGGUUCAACUGUAACAGUAGACCAGAAGACAGUGACAGCAAAAGAAAAGCCUAGUGUUUUCUACCAACAGGUCUUGCCAGAAGGUGAUCUAUCUGCAGAGGAUCUGCAAGUUGACCAGAACAUUGCUAUACCAAUGGUAACUUCUGCUUCCUUCUCACAAAGAGAAAAACCUCAGGAUUUCUACCAAGAGGCGCUCUCAGGUGGUCAUUUGCCUGGAGAGCCUCCUGGACCGCCCGACACUGAGGCACCAACAAUAUCGCCUAGUUCCUACUUCCCUGGAGAAGAGUCCAUUAUUUUUUACCAAGCUGGCUUUCCAGGUAACACUCCAUCUGUAGUGCCUUUCAAAGUUCCAAGGAUUUCUGAAUUAGCUGAACAGAAGACUAACAUAACAACAGGACCAUCAGGUUCCUACUCAGUUGGAGAGAAGUCCAUUAUUUUCUACCAUCAGGCCUUGCCAGAUGGUCAUCUUUCUAAAGAAGCUUCUCCUGCACCAGCUGACCUGAAGACUGGGGAGCCACCAGUAUAUUCGGCUUCCUGUUCUGUUGAGGUAAAGCCCAUUAUUUUCUACCAGCAGCCUCUGUCAGAUAGUCCCCUAACUAAAGGUCACAACGUUUCAGUUGUUCCUGGACCAACUGACCAGAAGACUGGUAUACCAGCAGUGCCUUCUACUUCACAGUCAUAUAUAGAGAGGCGUUCUGUUUCUUACCAGCAAGAGUUUCCAAAUGUUAGUGAAAAAGCUUUGAAAGUUCUAGGUGGUGUUAGAUCCACUGAACAGAAAACUGAAAUACCAGUAGUGUCUUCUGCUCUCUUACACACAGAGGUACCUAUUAUUUCUUCCCAAGAGGAUUUGCCAAAUCUUACUGAAGAAGCUUUGCAAAUUUUAGGUGUUGCUGAAGAAGUUCCUUCUGUCCCUUCACGUGAUAAGACACGUCUCAUCUCUUACCAGAAGAAGUUACCAGAUGGUACUGAAGUAUCUUUGAAAUCAGUAGGCUUUGGCUCUACUGAUCAGAAGACUGGGGCACACAUAAUCUCCUCCUCAAGAAGAGAGAAGUCCAGUGGUUUUCAUCAGCAGGAGUUGCCAAAUACUUGUGGGGAUGCAUUAGGUACUUUUCAUCCUGAACCAGUUGCCCAGAAGGUCGGAAAACCAACAGAACCUUCCAACAUACAGGGAAAGGCCAGUGCUUUGUCUCCACAGCAGUUGCCGGCCAGCCAUCUUACAGUAGAGGCUCUGAAGGUGUCAGACGGUUCUGCCUGUGUGGCACAGACGCCUGGGGCACCAGCAGGACCAUCCAUUUUCUACUUCCAUAAAGAAAGGUUCAGUAAUUAUCAAAAGGCCUCACCAGAUUGUGAUCUAACUGAAAAUUCUUUGAAGUCUUCAACUGUUCCUGGAUUGUCUGAUCAGAAAAAGAGACCUCCAGUCUCAUCUGGUUCCUGUUCACACAAAGAGAAACACAAGAUUUCGGCUGCAGAUUUGCCGGAUGCCCAGGCGGCUGAGCUGCCAACAGUUAUUCAGAGAUCCUGCUUACACAGAGAAAAGCUGGCAAUUUCAACUGUGAUCAAACCAGAUGACCCAAAGAUUCCAUUACCAACAACUUGUCAUGCCUCCUGUGCUCAAAAAGUAAAACCUGUUAUUUUUGUUCAAAAACAGUUAUCAGGUAGAGAUCAAAGUGAAGAUAUUCCGAAGAUUUCAACUGUCUCUGAGCCAACUGUUGCAAACACAGGUGCACCAGUACUUCUGUCUAGUUCUUACCCAUACAGAGAGAAGUCAGAUUUCUCUUCCCCAAAGGAACCGCCAGAUAGACAUCCAGCUAAAGUUGACAUGCAGGCUUCAAGCAGUCUUGGACAAGCUGACCAGAUUUCUAGGUUACCUACAGUUCCUCCUGGUACUUAUUCACACAGUGAAAAGUACCAGCUUAUCUCAGAGCAUGUACAAGAACUGAUCGAUAAUUUGAAUUCUUCUGAGUCUUGUCUCAAUGCAGACAUUAUGAUGCCUUCAGAUUCACAAAUUGAUGAUGGAGUUAUCAUAUGUAAGCCAGAAUCUUCACGUUUUGCCAGUGUUGACUGUGAGGAAAUCCAGGAUAAAGAUCAUGGUUCCAAAACUCUUAAAGAAAUUCAGACUCUCUUAAUGGAAGCAGAAAAUAUGGCACUGAAACGAUGCAAUUUCUCUGUUCCCUUAGUUCCUUUCAGAGAUGUUAGUGAUGUUUCAUUUGUACAAUCAAAGAAGGUGGUUUGCUUCAAAGAACCCCCCACAUCUGAUGUUUGUAUCCAGAAGGACUCAUUUGCAGAGGAAGUCCCACACACUAAGUAUGUACAGAAGGACAUUGGUACACAGACGAACCUUAAGUACCAGAGGAAUGUUAGAAAUUGGGAAUUUAUUAGUUCAGCUACCUUUAGAAGUCCUCUACAUGAAGCAAAUGGCACAGCUCGAGUGGCAUUUGAUGAAAAUUUCAGGCAAUAUAGAGCUACCAGGUCUGUAAUGAGGUCUGAACCUGAAGACUGCAGCACAGGCAUUGGGGAUAAAAUUAUUAUCCCUAUGAUGACAAUCAUAAAGAGUGACUCGAGUAGUGAUGUAAGUGAUGGUUGCUGCUCAUGGGACAAUAAUUUACCAGAGUCUUUGGAAUCUGUUUCUGAUGUUUUUCUAAACUUCUUUCCGUAUACUUCACCCAAGACAAGCAUAACAGAUAGCCGAGAAGAGGAGGGCUUGUCAGAGAGUGAAGAUGGCUAUGGUAGUGCAGAUUCAUUGGCUGCACAUGUGAAGUACCUUCUGCAGUGUGAAUCCUCACUGAAUCAAGCCAAACAGAUACUUAAGAAUGCAGAAGAGGAGGAAUAUCGAGUCCGAACCCAAGCCUGGAAUCUAAAGUUCAAUUUAGGACGUGACUAUGGAUACCCCGUUUCAGAGUUAAAUGAAGAUGACAGGAGGAAAGUAGAAGAGAUAAAGGCAAAGUUGUUUGGUCAUGGAAGAACAACGCACGUGUCUGAGGUCUUACAGAGUCCACGAGGAAUAGGAUGUUUGCCUGAAGCUGUAUGUGGUCACAUUAUUAUUGAGAGCCAUGAGAAAGGAUGUUACAGGAAUCUUACUGCUGAACAACCACGACCAGACAGCUGCCAUUGUGUUUUUCGAUCUGUUGAUCCUUCAGACUUGAUUAGAGGACAUCGGAGCCCAUCAUCAUGGAGAGGCAGGCACAUCAACCUUUCCAGAUCGAUAGAUCAGAGCAAUCCCCAUUUCGAAAUAGGGAAUUCCUUUCAGUUACAGAGUCAUUCCCCAUUUGAAAAACUUGUACCUGAUGACAUCAAAAUUAGCAAGGGUGUUGGAAUGCCAUUCCAUGAACACAUGGAUCCCCAGCCAUCAGAAUUAAUAGAACCUACUUGUGUGCCAGCUAAAGAAACGGAUUUUUCUUCCUCUUCUGAAAUACUGCCCUCUGAACCCAAGAAGCAGUUCACCACUUCCAUCACUUUUUCUUCUCACCAACACUCUAAGUGCAUUUCUGAUUCCUCUGGUUUUAAGGUUGAUGUUACUGCAGGUAGCCAGUGUACUGGGCCAUCUUUAGGGGUGUUUAAGCCUCAUAUCCCUGAAGAGCAGAUUUCUCCUAGAGAUCUUAAACAGAAAAUCUCUUCCCCUUCAUCACUUCAAAGGCAUAGUUACACACCAGUGACUAUUUUAGUUGACAGUAGUAGGCAAAGACAAAAAUUACCUGUUGAUUUUGAGCAUUCUAAUCAAAAAGGAAAACUCUUACAAAGAUCAGCUUUUAAUUUUAGCCAUUCUGAACCCAGUGUCAGUACAAAUGUUAGUUUCAAGGGAGUUCAAUUUUCUGGUAACGAUACCAUUGUUAGGCAGGACAAAUUAAUUUCCACAGUUGAGGUAAAAGAGAAGAAUGUAACUUUAACUCCUGAUCUUCCUUCUUGCAUUUUUCUUGAGCAAGGAGAAGAAAGCCACACCCCACACACAGAUCUUCAUAUGAGGAAGUGCCCUUCUCCCUCUCGUCUAGACAUUGCUUCUUGCAUUUUUCUUGAGCAGCACAAAUUCUUUGAGCAAAGCCAAGGCCAGCAUGUAGAUGAUCAUGAAAUGAGAGAAGACUACUCUCUCUUCCCUAAGUGCCAGGGUUACAUAGCUGCAGACCCUUCUGACUUUCCUGAUCAGCAGCAAUGCAAACCUCCAGGUGUUUUCUCAGGCCACGUGAGAAAACAGCACUAUCCUCUUUCUCCAGUUCAGGAUUGUGAGGUAGAAGAGGUUCAGUGUAUACCCCAAUCAUACUUUUCUAAUAUGGUAAAUGUUGAAGCCAAGGUCAGUGAUAUGGUCUUCCCUGACGCCCCUGACCACUUUACAGCAGCAUCUACUCCACCUUCAAGUAGAAAAGCACUUUCAUGUGUUCGCAUAACUCUUUGUCCCAAGACUCCUUCCAAGUUGGAUAGUGGAACCUUAGAUGAAAGGUUUCAUUCAUUGGAUCCUGCUUCUAAAACAAGGAUUAAUAGUGAGUUUAACUCUGAUCUUCGAAUUAUAUCUUCAAGGUCAUUGGAACCAACCUCCAAAUUACUGACCUGUAAACCAGUAGCACAGGAUCAAGAAUCUUUAGUUUUUCUAGGACCUAAAUCUCCACUGGACUUGCAAGUCGCAGAGUCUUCUCUUCCAGAUAGUAAGACUAUUUCUCAGGACUUGAAAACCACACCUCCUCAGAAUAGCCAGAUAGUAACCUCAAGGCAAACACAAGUGAACAUUUCAGAUUUGGAAGAAUAUUCCAAACCAGAGGGGACUCCAGUACCUGCAGAUGGUUCACAAGAACAGAGUAAGGCUCCCUUUACUACAUCCUCUGGAAUGUUAUCAUCUGAUGCAGUCACUCAGGUAACAACAGAAAGUCCAGAAAAUAUGACAUUUUCAUCUGAAAUUUUUAUUAAUGCUGAUGAUCGUGGACAGGACAUUCCAUACCCCACGACCCAAAAUCCGUCCAGGUUUGCCUCCUCUUCCUCAGGGCAGCAAAUCACAGCUUCUCAGGGCAAAGACGCCCAGCCUGUGUUGUUGCCAUAUAAGCCAUCUGGUAGUUCGAAGAUGUACUAUGUUCCACUGUUAAAACCAGUUCCGUCAUAUCUGGAUUCCAAAUCAGAUACUACUGUUGAGAGCUCACAUUCAGGCUCCAAUGAUGCUAUUGCCCCAGACUUUCCACCUCAAGUGCUAGGCACAAGAGAUGAUGACCUCUCCACCACUGUAAACAUUAAGCACAAAGAAGGGAUCUAUAGCAAGAAGGCUGCAUCAAAGGGGAAACAACCCUCUCAGAAAGGUAAUGCAGAGGCCCCAGUUCAAAUGCCUGUAACUUGGGAUAAGAAUGUCUAUAAGGAAAACCAAGACAAGAUCAUCAGUAGAAGAGUUGUGAUCGAGACGGCAGGACCUGAAGAAAUGCCAUCCCAGGAGAAGAAGGACCUUGCAGGGUCCAGUGAUAUCACUGUGCAAGACAGAAAAACUGGAAAUCUGCCAGACGCUAAAUCCAUUAAACAGAAGGAAGGAUCCUUAGAGAUAGAACCUGAAUGUCACUCCGAAUUUGCAAACACCACUCACUCUGUCUUCAGGUCAGCCAGCUUUUACUUCCACCACCCAGUGCACCUGCCCCAAGAGCAGGAUCUCUGCCACGAGUCUUCGGGAAGGAAUGUUCUCACGCAGCAUUCUUGGAGGGAUCUCUUUCACUCUCAUUCAGGGCACAGCGGCCUCCCGCCCCCUGGCCCAAGGUCAGACAACACCGAGAUGGAGUGCACCAGAGUUAAGAGCCUCAGCAUGGAUUUGAAUUUGGGGGGCCAUGAGAAGAUACAUACUAUCAAGAAUCAGGCCAGAGACACAAAAGACAAAAGACAGGCAAAUGACCCAAAAAAGGAUCAGAAGGUCACCCCAGAACUAACAAGUCAGUGCCCCAUGAGUUUGAAUGAACUGUGGAACAAGUACCAGGAGCGACAGAAGCAGCAGAAACCGUCUGGCGCUUGUGAUAACAAAGAGCUCUCCUUGGUGGAACGGCUUGAUCGUUUGGCUAAACUGCUUCAGAAUCCCAUCACACAUUCACUCCAGGCCUCAGAAAGUACUCAAGAUGACCGCAGACGGGGACGUGGAGCCAGGGGGUGGACUGGGAGGAGGCAACAUCAACAGAAAGGCAAGCAGCAGAGGAAGUGGAGUAAGAGCUUAGAGAGGGGUCACAGUACAGGUGACUUUAGGAAAAGCAAAGUGCUUUCUCCUCAUGAAGGUGGGAAAUCCAGUCAGCUUAAUAUUGAGAAGAUUAAACUAGAUAAGUACAUCCUGAGAAAGCAGCCAGAUUUUAAUAAUGUCAGCAAUACCUCCUUGGAUUCUAGACCCUCAGAGGAAAGUGAGCUCCUCACAGAUAGUUCCAACCUUUUUUCCAGCACUGAGUCUCCUGUGGAGUCAGAUGUAUUGACCCACACUGGUAGGGACAUGCCUUUAAAUGAGAGGAGUAGCUCCAUUUCUACCGUUGACACAGCCCGGCUGAUCCAAGCCUUUGGCCACGAUAGACUGUAUUUGUCACCCAGGCAAAUUAAAUUAUACAGUAGUGUCACUAAUCAACGGAGGAAACAUCUGGAGAAGCCAUGCAAGCACAAGAAGAAGGCAUUGAACACAGCCUGCCCCCAAAUGCCUUCUGAGCACACCAGAAGGAGGCACGUCCAGGUGGCAAACCGUAUGAUGUCUUCUGACUCUGUUUCAUCUGCUGGUAGUUGUUUGAGCUUGGACUCUACUCUGUCCAAUGAGGAAAAUGUGCACAUGUUGAACAAGGGUGUACAAGCUGGUAACUUGGAGAUUGUGACUGGUGCCAAAAAAUACACUCAGGAUGUUGGAGUGACUUUCCCAACUCCCAGUUCUAGUGAGGCCAGAUUGGAAGAGGACAGUGAUAUGACUUCUUGGUCAGAAGAAAAAGCCAAAGAGAAAAAGUUCCUUUCCAACUAUCUGCGGGGCAAAAACUUAAGGAAAAACAAGCCAAAUCCCUGUGAAGGAGUCUCAUGGUUUGUUCCUGUGGAAAACAGAAAGUCUGAAUCUAAGAAGGAAAACCUGCCCAAGAUUUACAGACCUGCUAUCUCCUGGUUUGAACCAGUAACCCAAACCAAACCCUGGAGGGAGCCACUGAGGGAACAAAACUGGCAGGCACAAUGCAUGAACAGUCGUGGGUCCCUGGGAGGCCCAGGCAGGGAUAGUGGCCAGAGUUUUCUUCAGCCAUUUGUGAGAGCAACCCUGCAGGAAUCACUUCAGCUUCACAGACCUGAUUUCAUCUCCCGCUCUGGGGAACGGAUAAAACGUCUGAAGCUACUAGUCCAGGAGAGGAAGCUACAGAACCUGUUCCAGAAUGAGCGAGAGGCUCUGUUCAACACUGCGAGGCCCCUGCCCAGGAGAGUCCUCCUGGCAGUCCAGAAGAACAAGCCUAUUGGGAAGACGGAAAUGAUUCAGAGGACCAGACGGUUUUAUGAGCAGCUUCCAGAAGUGAAGAAGAAGAGAGAAGAGGAGAAGAGAAAGUCAGAAUAUACAUCCAACCGGCUACGAGCUCAGCACUAUAAAAUGAAAGUGACCAAUCAUCUCCUGGGGAGAAAAGUGCCUUGGGACUGACAUAAGACUACUUCAGAGCCUAGGAAUACUUUUUUUUAUGAGCCCAAAGAAGUUAAUUUAUACUUUAAUGGUGUGAUUUAAUAAAGCGGUGUCUUUGUCUGUGUG